GGGACGCGGAGCUGGUGGGAUCACACCAUGGCCUGGGUGCCUCUCCUCCUCGCGCUGCUCGCCCACACCUCAGGUUCCCUGGCAGCGCUGACUCAGCCAGCCUCAUUGUCUCACAAGGUGGGAGACACCGUCAAGAUCACCUGCUCUGGGAGUAGCAACAACUACUAUGGCUGGUACCAGCAGAAGGUCCCUGGCAGUGCCCCGGUCACUGUGAUCUACUGGAAUGACAAGAGACCCCCGGGCAUCCCUUCGCGAUUCUCCGGAUCCAAGUCUGGCUCCGACGGCAUAUUAACCAUCACUGGGGUCCAAGCCGAGGACGAGGCUGUCUAUUACUGUGGUGGCUGGGACAGCAGCAGUGCUCCUAUAUUUGGGUCCGGGACCAUGGUGACUGUCAAAGGCCAGCCUGUGGUCUCUCCCACCAUGCACCUCUUCCCGCCGUCUGCCGAUGAGAUCGCAAAGAAGAACACAGCCACCCUGGUGUGUCUGCUGGAGAACUUCUACCCCAGCCGAGUGGAAGUGGCAUGGUUGGCUGACGGUACCGUCCUCAAAAACAAUGUGGAGACCGUUCUGCCCCAGCGGCAGAGCAACAACCGGUACAAGGGCAGAAGCUACCUGACACUGGAAGCCAGAGACUGGCAAAGUUACGAUUCUGUCUCCUGCAAGGCCAAGCACGAGGCUGGCAUUGUGGUGAAGACGUUGAACAGAUCCGAGUAUCCCUAACCCCACUGGGACCUCCUUGCACCCGCCGGCCCUUUGCUGGCUCGCUCACUCCUCCCCACUUCUGGGGACAGCGGCUCCCCCCAGCCGCACAUCUCACUCCCCUCUUCCCUGUCCCCUACUCCUGUCCCCACACUCUGAGUGUCAGACAAAUAAAAACUGACACUGAACU